GGCGUUGUUGAACUCCCCGAGUCUGUUUGUCCAGACAAAUCUAUGCGAAAGCAGUUACUUAGCAGUGACAAGCUCCAUUAUUAUAAAGAUGUGCGCGAUGUUCAUAUCUCCCAAGUUCACACUCUUCUGGCUGCUUGGAGCAAGAGUCUACAAAGCACACAGGCAGAACUACAACAAUCAAGCAAUCUCGUGCUAAGCUCGCCAACUUUUCCGGGAUCGCUGAGCGGCUCUUGUUCACUGAAACAGUUGAAUACGGAAUUUCGUCCCUUACUUGAAAAGCGAAGGGAACUUACUUUCCUUUCUCUGGUUCUCGAAUAUAUCAUGGAAGUGAUGACUCGCCGUGAAAGAGUCGAGGAUCUCAGAGCCGCCCAGACCAUUUUGUUACGUUCCGGCAGCGGGGGUCGCCUGGCUUCAGUUAGUAACAAAGACACUUCCAACAACGAAUCGGAUCAGUCUUCUAACAGCAGCACCACCUUAGCACCAGGCGCUGGUGGAUCAUGUGGAACUGAUGCUGAUUCACUCACUUCUAUGCCGGUCCGUCUAAUUAUUGAGUUGUUCAGUACCCACCACGGAGCGCGUCUACUCGAUGGGCUCCGUCUAGCUUCUCUGGCCUCUGUGACUCACGACGGUUUGGGAGAUGAGGUGUACUCCGCCGUGCAUAGCACAUUUCUUCAUGCGAUCGGUCAGGCUGCGUUCCCUAUGCUUUUCGCCUUCCGGUGUCUCCGAAUUUUAUCACCUUAUACUUCUGCUAAGCAUUCACCUGACAGAGAGAGGCAUUCUGUCCAUAGCCUUUCUUCUGCAGUCUCUCGUCUCACUUUAUUGUCUCGACGAAAGUCCUUAUACAAUCGCCUUCAUCACCUCCUCCACCUGAGCCAUGCUGGUCAGACGAACAGGCGGUUCGAUCAAGGGCCAAUAUCUCCCACUUACGUUUUCUCUGGUGAACACUGCCCCAUCGUAGUGCGCUUGGCUGAGUCAAUUUGGGCCACCUACACGCAUUUCACCCGAGAUCCUGGCCAAUCAAAUCGAUACUUAGACGGAUCCCAGGCAAAAACCUACAGCCCCGAUGACCCCGAACUUAUCAGCAGAGAAAAUAUUGUGCAAUCUCUAAAGCACCUUGGUAUGACAGCCGAUGCCGCUUCCAGACUUGGUUUGGUCAGCCUCUCUGAGGAAUCAUCCACGGGUUCAGGCGUUGUGAAUGGACACGGGUGUAACCGACAUCUUUCAAGGGAUUACAUUCCAUCGCGACCUGGUAAACAGCCAGUAGUGGUUGUUUUCCCUGGCGGCUGUACCUACAGUGAGGUGGCCGCUCUUCGCUUUGCUGCCGCACGAAGACGUUGGCAAUUGUUGAUUGCAACUUCUUAUAUUCUUUCCUCGCGUAAUUUCCUGCAGUGCACCGGUCAAGAAGUUAUGAAAAUAAAUUGACUUUAUUCUUUUAUUUCACAUCCGUUU